AUGCGUUCGGAACCGCGUCUGCUGCCCGCUUUGCCCCGCCGCCAGUUCUUGCAGACCGCCGCGGCGGGCGUGGCGGCCGCCUCGCUGCCCCGUUGGGCGAUGGGAGGGUCGUCGGUGGCCCCGUUCAAGAUCUCGCUGGCCGAGUGGUCGCUGCACAACACGUUCGGCCGCGACGGCAAGGACAACCUCGAGUUCCCGCGGAUCGCCCGCGAGGACUUCGGCAUCGAGGCGGUGGAGUACGUCACGGCGUUCUUCGGCGACCACGCCAAGGACACCGCCUACCUGGGCGACCUGCUCCAGCGGUGCGCGGACCACGGCGUGAAGAGCCUGCUGAUCAUGGUCGACGGCGAGGGCGCCCUGGGCGACGCCGACGACGCCAAGCGGACCGAGGCGAUCGAGAACCACCGCAAGUGGCUCGAAGCGGCACAGCUGCUGGGGUGCCACUCGAUCCGGGUGAACGCCCAAUCGCAGGGGAGUUACGCCGAGCAGCUAGCACUCGCCGCCGACGGCCUGGCCCGGCUGGGCGAGGUCGCCGACGAGUACGGGCUGAACGUCCUGGUCGAGAACCACGGCGGUCUGUCGAGCAACGGGGCGUGGCUCUCGGGCGUCAUGCGUCGCGUGCAUCGGUCGAACGUCGGCACGCUGCCCGACUUCGGGAACUUCCGGAUGGGAAGCUGGGGCGACGAGGACGCCCCGUGGUACGACCGCUAUCAAGGUGUCGAGGAGCUGAUGCCGUUCGCCAAAGCGGUUUCGGCCAAGAGCCACGAGUUCGACGCCGAGGGCAACGAGGUCCGGACCGACUACGAGCGGAUGAUGAAAAUCGUCUUGAACGCGGGCUACUCGGGCUAUGUUGGCAUCGAGUGGGAGGGCGGCGAGCCGGGCGAGCACGAAGGGAUCCACCUGACGAAGGCGCUGCUGGAGCGCGUGCGGGACUCGGUUUGGGCACGGCGGCCGUGCUCGAUCGUCGGGCAGGGGCUGCCCGGCGUUAGGCACAGUGGGCGAAUCGCUGUAACUGCUGGCGCCACCGGCGUCUCUCGGGGGGCGUUUGCCGGGGGCGAAGAAUGCGGACGUGAACGUGGGGCUGGAGUUGGCCCCACGCCUCCCGCACGAAUGGUCGCCGAACGACUCGGCGAGAAGGCCCCCGACUGGGUCACGUUCUUCCGCGAGGUGCUCGGCAUCGACGGCGUUGUCCGCCGCACCUUCCCGAACUUCGACGACCUCACCGAGUUCGAGCGGAGCGAGGAGUUCGCCGAGAUCCAGAAGAUCAUGGUCCGCCUCCGCGAGAACAAGGCGACCGCCGACGCCGAGACCGAGCCGACCCGCGUGAUCACGGUCCGGCUCCCGAAGAGCAUGCACGAGUACCUGCGGACGGAGGCCCACGACCUCCGGACCAGCAUGAACAAGCUCUGCAUCUCCAAGCUGCUGCAGAUGAUCGAGCAGGAGAUGAUCCCGGCGGACAAGACGGCCCUGCCGAAGCGUCGCACGACGCCGGCGCCCGCGGCCUCGACCCCGUCGUUGACCGGCGCCAGCACGACGCCUCAGCCGACGCCCUCGCACCCGACGCCGGGCCACAGCGAGUCGCCCUUCAAGUCGAACGGCUUCUGA